AUGGCCGAGGAGCAACUCUCAGACAUGGCCCUGCCAGCCAAGGUGAUGGCUGCAGACAACACUGAAGGCCUUCCACACCAGUCCACCCGCCGCAGCUCCCAGCCUCCAGCCGCGGCACGGGGCACUGAGGAGGGCAAACCCCUACUCCUGCCCUCGCGCCGCAGCUCCAUCCUCAGCACGCUGCCCGCGCCCUUGCCCAGCCGCCGCAGCUCGCUCGGGGCAGCCCCAGGGGGCAGGCGCUCCUCCAUCGGGCCGUGGAUGCUCCACAGCCGCGUGAGCUUCUCCGGGCUCCCCCUUUUCCAGCCCAUCCUCAAAACCCGCCUUGAAAACACUUAUAGGAUGGGGCCGGACACAGGCUGCAAGUUCAAAGUGGGGCAGGUGCAGCGGGUGCUGGAGGAGGCCCUGGCCAGUGCUCUGGAGAGCACGGUCUACAGUCCCCAGGGCAGUGCCCGUCUGGCCCAGAGCCUGGCCGAGCUGCUGCAGGGCCAGGCCAAGGAGGUGGUGCCACCCCGCUACAAGCUGGUCUGCCAUGUGCUGCUGGGCCAGCGGGGCCAGCAGAGUCUGCUGGUGGCCAGCCGGGCACUGUGGGACCCCAAGAGCGACAGCUUUGCCUCCGCCACCUUCUCCAGUGCUUCCCUCUUUGCUGUGGCCACAGUGCAUUGGGUCUACUUUGAGUAG